AAACACGGCAGUAGGUGACAAUGCGUACCAGCGAAUACAUUUACUUCUGUGGUUUAGUGCUUGGAUGGCAGCUACAGCUUUCUACCACCCAAUCGGAGGAACCUUCUUCCUCCACGGAGUUCGUAACGGAGGAGAUCACAAAUGUGACGGAACCAUACAUUUCUGCCAUACCGUACGCUCUGUCUUUUAGCGAUGAGAAUGAGCUAGUGUUUGGAGUGGUUAGCGAGCAGGCGGAAGAAUCCAGCUACAGCUCCACAACGGACAGUAAUCACAAUGACAGUUUUCCAAAUUUUGCCACGCAUAAUACAUCGAUUAGAUUGCGCAUUAAGGCUCCCUCUAUGCCGUCCGUGCCCGAGUACACUUUCAACGAAUUAGACUACCAAUUUCCUCCGUACAACUACGAUUACGAAAGUCUCCUGCGGGAUGCUGCCAACAGAUCAGGGCUCAACGAAUCACGUACACACACUCUGCCAGUGGUGCACCAGAUCGGCACACUCAUCAAUCCAUUCCAGGCACCGGCUUAUGCGCCUCUAUUGAUAAAUCCUGCCCUUAUGCCGCGAGACAACGGCGGUUACGCUUAUGGCGGCUUACCUAAGACGGAAUCGAAGGACUUACCGAAAUUCGCCUCCGUAGCAACACUGUUCAACGGCAUUCAGCCACGCGUUCGUAGUCCUACGAUCGACCAGAGUACCGUGAAGGAUAGCGCUACCACCGCACCAACAAAGAGUUUUCGCUCCAAAGCGACUGCUGCCAGGAGUGUGACCACCACCAAGUCCGCCAAGAAAAAGGACUCAAACAACGAAACGUGGUAAAAAGCAAACGUCCACCACAACGAGCAGUAGCAAACGAUUCCGCGCGGUCGCACACCACGAUAGUCCGGUAAAAUCGCGAGCUCAAAGUAAACCGACGCCGGCCAGGAAGCUGAAGACAAAGACAUCGGCCUUGCCUAGUAGCAAACGGUUCCGAUCGGCAAGGCGUACACGAACGACGCGGCGCAGGAGACCAACGAAGGUGCGUCGGUUCCGAAACAUGCGUCGCACAAAACCGACGGUCAGGAAAACUCCCAUCGCGAAACCGCGGUAUCGCAAGGCCACCCAGCGGCCGCGAGUUGUUGCACCGCAGUAUUUCGAUUAUGAUUUUUUUCUCUUCUGAAAGGUUCUAGGUCUUCUUCGGGAGCUUCCUUUUCACAUUGUAGCAUGCUAAGAAGAGUUUGAUUUCUGCACAAUAAACAUAACACACACACACAA